CUUACUAAAUUGAUGCUGUUUGGUGACUCCAUGGGUUGCCCUCAGCACGUCCUUGGGGUACGUCCUUAGGACAGGGUGUCUCCAGGCCUCCCAUCACCCAGUCCUUGGCCCAAGGCUCUCAGACAUCAGGCCUCCAACCUCCAGCUUUGAGAGUGGAUAGCAAACCGCGACCCUUCUCUGUGAUACGGACACACCUAGCUUUGCGCUCUUCGAUUCUUUGGUGAGAAGAAGAAUAAGUUGGGAGUAAGAACACAGAGGUCUUUUCCCAGCUGGACUGAGCGGAGCAGGAACAAUGAGGUCCUGAGGCCACAAGAGUUAAUGCAGUUUUCACCUUGGUCUGUAUUUACACAAUGCAGUGCCACACGUGAUGGAAGAUGUCCUUCUCGGCUGUGAAUGGCUUGGACGCUGGCCACGAAGAUGACAAAGAGGCGACGGAGUCUAUGCCGGAGGAGAGUAUAGACUGCGCACAGUAUGAGGUGAAGCAGGAGUAUGAGACGGAGGAGGUUCGUGACCCAGCCACCAACGACUACAAUGGUUCAUUCUCCUCUGAAUCUGAGUGCCUAGUUUAUAUCGGUGGGGAUGAGCCCAUGGUAAAGCGCAAGAAGGGCCCGGCCCCAAAGAUGCUAGGCAACGAGGUCUGCAGCGUCUGUGGGGACAAGGCGUCGGGAUUCCACUACAACGUGCUGAGCUGCGAGGGCUGCAAGGGCUUCUUCCGCCGCAGCGUCAUCAAGAACGCGCAGUACACCUGCAAAAGCAGCGGCAAGUGUGAGAUGGACAUGUACAUGCGCAGGAAAUGCCAGGAGUGCCGACUGCGGAAAUGCCGGGAGGCCGGAAUGAGGGAACACUGCGUCCUGUCGGAAGAGCAGAUCCGCAGCAAGAAGCAGAAGAAGCGGGAGGAGGACCUGGCGCAGGCGGUGCUGGCGGCAGCAGAGGACUCGCCCGUGAGCGUGGACGUGGUACGGCUGACACCGGAGCAGGAGGCGAUGAUUCAGCAGCUGGUGGCCGCCCAGCAGCAGUGUAACAAGCGGUCAUUCAGUGACCAGCCCAAAGUCACGCCUUGGCCACAGAGUAACGACCCCCAUAACCGGGAAACCCGGCAGCAACGCUUCGCACACUUCACAGAGCUGGCCAUCAUUUCAGUCCAGGAGAUCGUUGACUUUGCCAAACAGAUCCCAGGCUUCCUUGACCUCUCACGGGAGGACCAGAUUGCACUACUGAAGGCAUCCACAAUCGAGAUCAUGUUGUUGGAGACGGCGCGGCGAUACAACCACGAGACAGAAUGCAUCACGUUCCUCAAGGAUUUCACGUACAGCAAGGAUGACUUUGCACGAGCCGGGCUGCAGUUUGGGUUCAUUAACCCGAUCUUCGAGUUCUCGAAGGGCAUGAGGAAGCUGCAGCUGGACGAUGCCGAGUACGCACUGCUCAUUGCCAUCAACAUCUUCUCUGCAGAUCGGCCCAACGUUCAAGACCACGAGUUGGUGGAGAGACUCCAGCAGCCGUAUGUCGAAGCGCUUCAUUCGUACUUGCGGAUCAGGCGACCAAAGGACCACCUGAUGUUCCCUCGCAUGCUGAUGAAGCUGGUCAGCCUCCGGACGCUCAGCAGCGUCCACUCCGAGCAAGUCUUUGCCCUCAGGCUACAGGACAAGAAGUUGCCACCCCUGCUUUCCGAGAUCUGGGAUGUUCACGAGUGAAAGAGGACAAUGCUGUGAGCUGGGUGGAGAGGAGGGAAGCGGGCGUUUCUUUCCAAAACUAGAAAUGGAACUGAGAAAGAUAUCUAUAUAAAAAAAAUAGCCUGGCUUUUUUUUUAAAAAAAACUAAAAUCGAAAAGGAAAAAAUUACAAGAAGGUCUGACCAACAUGGGGGAAGGGAGGAUUGUGUUUUUGAGAGUUAUUGAACUUUGAGUGAACACAGGACACGAUGGCUGGAUGAUGUGGAGGUGUCCAUCACUGCACUUACUGAACUGAGUUCCAAUCCUCCCCAGAGAGGGGUUUCAUUAUCCCUCUCAACUACCGUUGUUUAACGUACAUUGUUUGUCAAGUCCCGCCCCAGAAAAAUUUUAACUGAUUAUUUGGGAGAUAUGUUUUGCCCAAUAAUAUAUAUGUGAAGUUCAAUGUUUUUUUUAAUGAGCUAAUUUUCGACUUAGAUCAAAUUCAAUCUGGAAUUGGAGAUUGGUUGUUGCUCUGUGUGUGUGUGUGUGUGUGAGAGAGAGAGAGAGAGAGAGAGACCGUGUGUGUGUGAGAGAGAGACACAGACUUAGAGACUGCGUGUGCGAGAGAGAGAGACUGUGUGUGUGUGAAAGACCGAGAGACCAUGCGUGUGAGUGAGAGACUGUGUGUGUGUGUGUGUGUGUGUGUGUGUGUGUGUGUGUGAAAAAGAGAGAGAGACAGACUUAGAGACCCUGUGUGUGUGAGAGAGAGACUGUAUGUGUGUGUGUGUGUGAGAGAGAGAGACUGUAUGUAUGUGUGUGUGAGAGAGAGAGAGACUGUAUGUAUAUGUGUGUGUGUG